CAGGUUCCCAGGCCCCUCCUCUCUGGGGAACUAGGAGUCCAGGGCCAUGUCUUGCCAGUCACACUCAGAUUGCUACUGGCCCUUGGUACUUCCUAACCUUGGCCUACCUCCCUCGCAGUGUGGAGAACACCCUCCUCAGAGCCAGUGUCAGGUGGAUGGGCCUUCACAACACCACCAAACUCCUCCCCUGGAAGCCUUAGACCCUCCACAAGGUGAUGGAGACCCGCCAGGUGCCCAGGAGCCCCCGGAUGCGGCUGCUGCUGCUGCUGCUGCUACUGCUGGUGCCCUGGGGCCACCGCUCAGCCUCAGGAGUCGCCCUGCCCCCCGCUGGGGUCCUCAGCCUCCGCGCCCCCGGCCGGGCCUGGGCGGGACCGGCCACCCCGCUGUCGCGGCGGAGCCUGGCGCUGGCGGACGACGCGGCCUUCCGGGAGCGCGCGCGGCUGCUGGCCGCCCUCGAGCGCCGCCACUGGCUGAACUCGUACAUGCACAAGCUGCUGGUGCUGGACGCGCGCUGA